AUGCUCGCUUCCUGCCUCCUGCCGCUCGGCAAUCUACACCCCACCUCUCCAACAGGCUCCUUCACCUACGUGGCCACGGGCACGAAUUACCCCGCUGGCCCCGCGCUCGUCAAGGACAUCCUCUUCCUCGCGGACCAGCUCUCCAUCUCCGAACACCUCGCCGCCUCCCUCGUCUCGUACGCCAUCAACGCCAAGCCCAGAGCCGGCAGAGGGAGGGCCGAAUCAGGUCUCGUCGUCUUCCUUGACGAACGAGCGGCCUUGAUCGCGUCUCUGCACGCGAUAUGGAGAGGCGCACUCUCCGCCGAUGAACGCCUCGCCGCGAGCGGACUCCAACGCGUGUUCGAGCGAGAAACGGAGGAGCUUGUGCGCGGCAAAGGUGCUUCCGUCAAUGGCGAUGCCAACGACAAGAACAAAAAGCGCACCUGGGUGCAGAAGCUCGUCGAGACGAUAGAGCAUCUGCGACUCCAGUCCGCCGCGCUGCGGAGCAAGCUUGAGCAACCCCUCGCAGCCGGAGGUGCCGGCUUCUCAUCAGCUCUUGUACCAGCACAAGGCUCGACGUCGUCACCAUCCGGCAACUUCGCCGACGAGGUGGUCGAGAUGCGAAUUCAGCGUUACGACGACGAGCGCCGCGGCCUCGCCCAGCUCCUCUUCUUCCUGGGCGCUGCUCGACAGAUCAACAAGGACGAGUUGCUCGCGCUCGCCCGACGAGUCUCGACCACCGAAGCGAACGAUCCCCCUGCCGUCUACCUCCUCCUCGCUCUACUGGCCGCUUUGGACUGUUCUGAUGAAAGCUCGACCGAAUUCUUCUACCCGCUCUUCACCGACUCGGCCUUUGUCAACUCGUUCAACCAGCUCCUGCAGGGCAAGUGGGCCGUACCCCAACUCAAAGCGGCUGUACAAUUGCAGUGGACCAUUUUCCUCGAUGCCGCAGCUCGCGCGGUUCCCAACUUUGAGACCGAUGGAGGCGAAUUCGUCGACGUGCUGACCUGGCAGGCGCUCGAUGCUGGCGUCUUUGGCUUCCUGGGUCGUUCUGUCCUUGCGUUCAAGAUGGACUCGGAGUCGAGCGAGAUCUGGAGUACCGUCGGCUCGGACGCGACAGCUUUGUCGAGUGGGUCCACGGUUGAACCUUGGUUCCAAGAGCACGUGACGCAGCAAAUUGAGGUUCUCGUGCUCGACGUCUUAACGAACAAGAUCUCGAUCCUGCGAAAGUUGCGCAACCGCGAAGAGGACGUCGAAUCGACCUCGCACCGCGGUGGUGGAUUCCGGAGCUCGCAACGCUCGAGGGCUGCCGGGGGAGAUCACGACGAGCAUCCCAUCGUCGCACGGCACGACCUUGAAGCCUUCUUCCUCCUCAUUGCGACCCUUUACCGCGGCGAACCCGAUUCGGGGCUCAAAUUUUGGGAAGAGGUCCUUGAAGAUGGGUCGACGCACGCCAUGACGAGUCGGUUGUCUGCGUUCCUGCGGUGGGGUUCGGAAUGUCGACCUCCAGCGAUGAUGAGGGCUUUCUACGAGAUGGUUGCCAGCCUCGCGUCGGGUCCCAUCUCUGCGACGUACGCCUUCGAGUUUCUCGGCUCCUCGGACAAUGGCACCAAGAAUGGCACGCAAGCCUCGCCGACGUUCUCGUGGUCGGCUUUGUUUGGUGCGCUCGAGUUCUACCACACGAACCUCCCCGAUCGACCGAUGGAGGCAGGUGCGAAUGCAGAGGGCGUGCUCGGCGAGAUGCCACCGGAAGAGGUGCCGAUCCUGCGCUCGUUCGUGCGAUUGCUGAGGCAGGUCGUCAGUUACUCGGACGUUGCUCGAGCUACCUUGUACGACAAUCAACGACAUCGCCCUAUCGCGACCUUGUUCGCUCUGUUGGGCCGACCUAUACCCAUCGAGCUCAAGGCAAGUCUCAUCUCCGCUAUUGCUGCCUUUUCUCGGCCCGGCGGAACGUUUGGCGUCGACGUUGCUCGCCGAACAUGGACCGCGCUCGAACAGAGUCAAAUUCUGCCCACGUUGGCGCCAUCGGAAGGGAAGGACGCUCGUGGAGGUGCCGGUUUGGCGAUGGGACGAACAGGUGGCUUCUUGCGGGGCCCAGGUCCGCUCAGCAUCGAGGGAGGGCUCUUUACUGAGCUGGAAGAGGUCGAGGCGCCAAACAAGGUCUACCCGGAAUCGACGGCCUUUGUCCAGCUCCUCAAUACGCUCAUUCACACCCCUUCGACGCUCGAGCCUUUGCGCCGAGGCGUGGAGAUCGACUCGCAUACGAUCCCCGACAACUUGGGCGCGCCACAUCGAGCCCCCGGUAUCGAUCCGUAUCUCAAGUUCGUGAUCGACGACGUGUUGCUCAAGACGGGUGCGCGUGAAUUCGCCGACCAGCGCGAACGGUGGAAGGUCACAGACGCGUGCUUGUUGUUUGUAGAGAAAUGCCUGGCCUCGUACGACCUCGGGCCUUUUCUUGCUUGGAUCUCUGCGGGCGGCCAAAGGGCUUCGGGGAACAACGCCUCGGCUUUGACACCACUCGCGCACCUCACGGUCCACCCUGGAUUCGAGAUCCUCACUCGCUUGCUCAGCUCCGGACCUCUUCUCGACCAGAUCCUCACCAUCAUCAUCGCCGGCCAGGAUGCGAUUCAAAACAACCUCGCUGGGACGCCUUUGUUCACGUCGUGCAUGCUGCGAUGCAUGAGGAUUGUCAAGCGCAGUCUCGAGUUGCAGGCACCCUUCCUCGAAGUUGUGGUCCCAUCAAUCGCCGAGACGUCGCUUCCUUUGCUGCAGGACAAGCUCAACCGACUUAAGACGCUCUCUCCGAUAGACCAACUGCUCUUGUACCAGUCCGAGGCGAUCGUCCAAAUUGCCCUGCUGAUCAACUGCGAGGAAGAGGACGAGAUCGCUUUGCUGGCGGUCCAGGUCCUGGCGACCAUCGCCGAGUCACCGUUCUUCGACGUCGUGCAAAAAUUCCCCGAGCAGAGCCGCGUGAAGCUCAAUCGACUCGUAGGGCUAUUGCAAGCCUCGCCCGAGACGUUGAGAAUCUUGGACGGCGUCAUUCUGCGACUCGAAGCGGACAUCCCGGAGAGCGAUCUCGAACUCGGCGAACCUGAUGGCUUUGGCUCGGGAAGUAUCCGCCAGGCCAUUCGUUCGGCUCUGUUGGACUUGAUGUUGCAGAACACGCAACCGGGCAAGACCGCGCCCAAUAUCGCUCAUCUGUUGCUGGGGUUCAAUGUUCGUGGACGACUAGAGGAGAUGCAGAUUGAUGAUCCGGAUGCGGCGGAUACGCAACGUACCAGUUUGCAUGUCGUGUUGGAUCUGUUGGCGCAGAAUGUCUCGAAGGAGACAGAUGUGCAGGUAAGUUCAGGAUGCCGCCCGUCGGGAGUCGUCAUGCUACGGGCGAGAAGCUGAUGCGAAUGAUCUGCUUUCAUGACCAGAUGUCGAUCCUGUCUCGACACCCCACUUUUGCGGCCAAGUGCUAUCGCCUCAUCCGACAGCUCUGCCUCCACCCCUACACCUCCUCGGCUUUGUCACGCUACCUGCGCAACCGCGAGCAAUUCUUCUUCCGCCAGACGCAGGCGCUGCCCUUUGGUAUCCCCGCCGCGAGUGGUGGUGCGCUCGGAGGCGUGCAGUACGUCGACGGCAAACAGCUCGUCACAUCUUCUUCGGCCGUGUGUGCGAUCCUGCAGUCGCAGGCGUGGUUGCUCGAAUCCACGGCGCUCGAGUUGAACAUGUUGGCCAACAGCCAAGACACGCGACGACAAGUUGAGCUCGUUGGAACUCUGUUCGAGAACCCGACCUCGGGGGACGCCGAAAUUACCGACGCAUUCGACCAGGAUGCAUUCGAUCAAGCGCUUCCUCGUAUGCUCGAGAUCUUCCACGCCCUUGACUUUUCAUGGCACGACUCGAUCGCUCCGAACGAGUACCGUUUGAGCUUUUUCGCCGAGCUACGCUUCGACGCGUGUCUCAAGACGGACUCGACCGGUUGUGAAGUGUACGACUUUGGCGCUGUCUUGUCGCUGCUUAGUGCGGCUCGUCGGGAGCUGCAGAACCGUGGCAUGCUCAGCAGCUCUACGCAACAGGAAGAGGCGAAGCGCGAAAGCAAGGCGAUCCUCGAGACGCUCGUGAUCGAGAACCACCGACGCGAGAUCCAGUUCGCUCGCUACCAUGCCCUGCGCGCCUGGAGAAGUUUGCUCGACAUCACCUUGACCAAGUCGUUCCACCUCUUGCCGUCCGAAGGUCGUCAUUCGCUCUUGCUCGACCUCAUGUCCGCCAUUCUUCCCCCGCUUGCGGCUUCAGAAACGGAGCAGGCGAUUAGCGAAUUACUUGCUGGGGCUGCGGUACUUUUAAUGACCAAGUUGAGCGAGGAGGGUAUCCGGGUCGUCUUCUUCGAGUCGGCGGAGGCCGUGCAAUCCGUCUCGCCCGAACGCCUCCACGCCGUCUUGCGCGUGAUUCUUCAAGCGAUCCUCCAACCCGGUGUCUCGCCCAUUGUCCGGGGGAACCUGUACGCCGUCUUGCUCAAUUACAUCCAGUACUCGUCCAAGAUGGCCUCGCUGUCUCCAUCGCUCGCCAAGACGCUCGGCAACGGUUCCGUCGCCGAUGAUGCAUCGAUUCUCGGCUCUUUGGCCGCUGGCCCGCACGACGACUUGAUCUCGCUUGAUGGACUGUCCUCGAUCGGGGGAGGUCCGUCCUCGCGUGCGAAGAGGAACUUGCUCGAGGCAGGCAACUUUUCGAUCCUUCACUCCGCGAUUGAACGACUCCUCCCCGUCAUUUGUCGUGAUGCUGCCGCUGGCCACGAGGUUUGGCGCACCGUCGCCUUCACCGCGUUGGAUGCGCUCAUGAACGUCGCCGAAGAGGCACGAGCGAGUUCGCGCGUCUUGUCCAUCUUGUCCAAGCAAGGCUACCUGCAGAAUUUUGUCGCGGCGUUGAAAGGCGCCGAGGCGGAUCUACAAGAAGCGCUCAAGCCGGAUCCGGAAUCGUUGAAUGCGCUCUAUGUCUACGAGGCACAGAUGUCGUUCUUAAUUCGACUUGCUUCGACGAGGGAAGGGGCGGAGAAGUUGAUGGAUGCCGAGGUAUUAGCCAAGUUGGCAGAUUGCGAUUACCUGGGGUCACGACCUGUUGCUGAUACGAAUUCGAUGGGUGGGUCAAGGUCGCUUCGAUCAGUCGAGUACGUUGCACGUUCACUGACUCGCAGCCGCUGCCGACAUUCCACAGAAUUCGAAGGCUUCCUUCCGCCCGCAUCGGAACGACACCACCAAUUGUUGUUGCCAGCCCUUCAGCUCGUCGUCGGGACGCUCGUCUCGUUCGGUGCCGAUACCCAGAUCGCGACCCGUCAAGCCCUUGCUUUUGUCGGUGGCCAACGCGAGAACUUGCUCGUUGCGCUCAAGGAUUGCGCAAAUUUGCAGACGGUGUCGUCGUUGAGAGAAGCGCAUUUGAUCGUCACUUUGCUCAGCAUCGUUUUGCCCUCGGUGUCCGACGAGGAUUUAACGACGCUGUCGUCAUUCGGUGGCUUGCAUGCGGCGUUGCUCAACCUUUCGGCCAAGACCUGCGGACCUCAGGACUGGGUCGCCGGCGUAUUGCCGUCGAAUGAGACGGAGAGGGACGAGGAUCGAACACUGGUACUUGGUAAGUCCGCGUACUAGGCCGACGCUUUCAGUAUCCGAUUGGCUAAAGAUGCAUCACAUCGCUCGUACAGGUUUCCGCCACGACGCGACCAUCUUCUCCGACAAGGUCGAGACGCUCGUCGAAUCGCUCGAAGCCGCGAUCCUGACCUACCAAAGCGUCGCGACGCGUAAAAAGCAAGGCACGAACGCGUUCCGACCCGUUUGGGCACCUUCCUUGUCCGCUACGGAGGCGACGUUGGGUUCGGCGGGAGCGUUCUUGAGGGAUACGGCAAUGGUGCUCAAGACGCGGUUGGAUGAUGUGACGAGGUUGGUCGGGUAUUUGGAUGGGUUCGAUACGACCUCGUUGGAGGAGAUUGAAGAGGUGAGUCGGCUCGUUCGUCGCUGUGGUGCUUCAUCACAUUAUACGGGUUCUGACCCUCCGUGUAUAUGCUGCAGGUCUUCUCGUUCCCUGAAGAGGAAGGUAUCGAUGUUUCAGAGAGGCGGCAACGCGUUCUGCAAGAGCUGCAGGCGCUGCACGCCACCUUGCGAGUGAAGGUCACGUCUUCGCUUCGUAAGUCUCCGACAAGGGCCCUGUCUUCCGCUGAAACCCUGAAGAGCUCAUCAGACCCAUUUCCUUGUUUUCUUAGACCUUCUCGAACUCGGCCUGUUGCUCUACUGGCGCCACAUCGCCUUCUUCCUUGACCCGGAACGGCUAGCGUCCGAAGCGCAAUCCUCGCGUCCCGAAUUCGGUGUCGGCCUAGCCGAGACCCUUCGCACACGUUCCUCCACCACCUCAAUCUCUCCAUUCGACCUCCCAACUUUACGAGACGGUGUAGCAAAGGAAUUCAAUGAGCGUUUGUCGCCGCUUUUGGCGGCUCUGGAGUUCAAUCAGAAGAAUGUGGGGAGCAGUUGGAGGAAUCGCGAGCAGUACGUCGGGGUCGUCGCGAGGAGGUUGCAGAGCGUGUUAUUGUUGGAUGCAUGA